UCUCCGAUGGCAAUAUGAAGUGCCGUUCUUGGCUCCCAUCGCGGAGCACACGGCGUCGCCUUCUACAAAUAUUUGCCUGCCGUUUUGGUUGGACGAGGAGGGAGGGGGAGAAGACGGUGAAGGCGUCAUCGGCGGAGAUGUGCCCGACGACGAAAAAACCUGCUGACACAGCCGGCCAAAGAGGAGGAGAGCCGCCUCCGCCAGAGCCCGCGAGGGCCGCGGAGGACCCCUGCUACGACUGGCGGCAGGAGGCGAUCGAGGGCGGGUCCCUUCGACACGUUGACCUCGACACGGGCACCAACGGCUGGGCCUCCCCGCCCGGGGAUCUCUUCCACCUCCGCGGCCUCAACUACUUCGCCCGCCGCCAGAAGUGCCCCUCCGGCGAGUGGCUCCUCGAGCCCGCCGGCGUCGACUGGCUCCGAUCCGCCUCCCGCCUGGACGACGUCCUCGGCCGCCCUGACAACCGCGUCGCCGCGGCCCUCCGCCGCACCCAAGCCCUCGGCGGUGCCCGCAAGGCCUUCCUCUUCGCCGUCAACCUCCAGGUCCCCGGCCGCGAGUGCCACUCCGCCGUCUUCUACUUCGCCGCUGUGGAGCCCAUCCCGCCGGGCUCCCUCUUCUACCGUUUUGUCCACGGCGACGAUGCCUUCCGGAACUCGCGGUUCAAGAUCGUGAAUCGGAUCGUGAAGGGCCCAUGGAUCGUGAGGGCCGCCGUCGGGAACCACGCCGCCUGCCUCCUGGGCAAGGCGCUCACUUGCAACUACCACCGCGGGGAGAACUACCUCGAGAUCGACGUCGACAUCGGGAGCUCCGCCAUCGCCAAUGCCAUCCUCCACCUCGCCCUCGGCUACGUGACGGCGGUCACCAUCGACAUGGGGUUCCUGGUGGAGGCUCAGGCGGAGGAGGAGCUGCCGGAGCGGCUCCUGGGGGCUGUCCGGGUGGCGCAGAUGGAGAUGAGCUCGGCCACCUAUGUGGAGACUAAACCCAAGGCUACGGAGGCCGGAAAGACAGGGUUUUGGGGACCGGCGAAGGUCAACCACCAUCACCAACACCACCCUGAUCGGUGCUCGGGUGCGAAGCCAUCAAGGUCGGGGGUGGGCAAGGACGGCGACGACGAAGAUAAUUUCCCUCCAUAGUAAAGCUAUUCUUCCUUCACUCCAUGGCCCAUGUACAUGCCAAGCUUCUGAAAGUUUUUGAGGUUCUUGUCAUGGCUUCUUCAUCCUUCAACUUAACAAUAUUAUGAUCAGUCAGUAUCAUCAACUGCUUCUUAGUUUCAUUGUUUUAAUGAACUUCCUGUUCGAUUCAUUUGAUUCAGAAUAAUCAUGCUUCUGACUGAUGUGAACA